AUGAAGCCUUCCUCUCUCAGCAGGAUAGAACUUAGAUAUCAUGCCCUGAUGAUAAAUCAAUACAUCACACCUAACCUCGGAAGUGCUAUGCGUAAUAUUAAGAUCGAAAGCACCCCCGGAAAGCCUGGUGGCCAUUUAACAGGCAGCCUGAACCUUCCCUCCAUCACGAUUGGCCCGCUUCACGAUGAGUGGAAGUCAUUCGGCUGGCCUUCAUAUUGUGACUACAAUGAGGCGGUAUUCAACCCGUCCAAAGGAACAGUAGACUUCACCAUCAACAACAACUUGACAGAAGAUAUAACGGAUGCCGCCGUGUUCGAAUACAAGAGCGACCCGGUCACGUGUACUUGGGAUGGUGUGAGCAUUGUCGGCCCUCAACCGAAAAUUGAAGAACACGGCAAAGUCGAGCUGCUCUUCAAAUGGAAGAGCAAGGGCCAGUGGAGCGGGGGCACCAGCGAGCACCCCAACUUGUUCCAGCUGACUAUGGUCCACGAUUCCAACUGGACUAUUUCUGCGACAGGCGCUGAAAUGGAGGAAGGGCUCUUGGACAAGAUCUUCAACACCCACCCGGGCCGUCAGCAUGUGCCCCCCUACUACAAUGACCUGAAGUUUCCUCCGGUCAAGGUGGAAAUGAAGAUGAAGGCGUUGGACUACUUCCUGACGACGAACCUGCUGUUUCCCGGCGAGAACGUCUUUUACCCGCACCAGUUGAGUGAGGAAAAUCGCAAGGCGGGACUGGGUCUCGCUUUUCCUCGAGACAUGAUCCUGACGGGCGAGAUUAGAAAGAGUCGACAGUAA